AUGUCCUAUUACCCUGGAUACAAUAUAGAAUAACCUAUGGCUUAUCCUAACUAAUAUCUCAAAAGAGGAUCUUAUGCUUCAGUCCAAUAUAGUUCCCCUCUUACAUAAUCUGUAUUACCACGUAUGGCAGUUCAACCAGUUAUACAAAAAUCUUAUAUUGUUCAACCUGCAGUUGUUUAAUAAGUGAUGUCUUCGCCUGUUCAAUAAACUAUUCGAGGAGAGUCAAAAAUUUAAUACAAAGAAUCUUAAAGAUAAGUUGUUGAGAUGGAGACUGAAACAGUCUAAGUUUAAGUACCAAAAACCAAAUAUGUGACAAAUUAUUAUCCCAUUGAAUACUAAACUAGAUAUAUACCAAGAACUGUUUAUGAAUAAUAAACAAAAUACAUUCCUAUAACAAAAAGUGUACCUAGAGUAGAAUACGAAGCAGUAGAAAGAGAAAUUUAAAGAGUAUAUCAUUGUUUUAUUCUUAGCCAUAAUUAGUAGAAGUCUAACAAUCAUUUUUUUGAUAAUACAUACCAUAGCCAACUUAAUACAUUCAAUAACCAGUUUAUUAAUCUUAUGUCUAAUAAACUGCCAUUUAAUCUUUUAACCAACAGCCAUUAUAAUAUUUAAGAGUUAGACCAGAAUAAUCUUAUAUUCCAUCUUAUAAUAACUCCAAUAUCAACUCCUAUCCAGUAAACUAUGGAGGAUUUAGACCAUAUUGA